CAUGAGUCAUAUUUACACGGUGUUCAUCCUCUUGGCGUUUGCUGUUUUGAUAAGCACCGCCCACUUGGUUGGGACAGAAUAAGGUGCUGGACCCCGGCGGAGUUCACGGAAGCAUACGAAGAUUACGUACACAACUAUUGUUGGAUCAAGAACACGUACUACAUACCACAACACGACUAUAUUCCGGAGGACAUAAGUCUUCAUCAGGAAGCUGAGAUUACCUAUUAUCAAUGGGUUCCGAUUAUCCUUCUCCUCCAAGUGUUACUUUUCAAACUUCCAAAUGUCUUCUGGGAAAUCCUUCACGGUGGGAGUGGCAUUCAAAUCGGAAACAUCAUCAAGUACGCUGAAUGGUCACAUUAUAAAUCACGUGACGACAGGCGUGAUUUGAUUGACAACUUGAGUUGCACACUCGAUAAAUGGCUAGACACCGAGCAGCAGUACGAACACAACUGUUUCGUUCGCUUUCGGUCGAAGCUAAGUCACAUUUUCUUCUUCUUCUGUAACAAGCGAGAAGGAACCUAUCUUACGGCACUCUACAUCUGUAUCAAGGGAUUGUACCUGGGAAAUAUCAUCGGUCAAUUCUUCAUGCUAAGCGCUUUCAUGGCAACCGACUACAACAAUUAUGGUUUCCAUUGGUUACACAUGAUGCAGUCUGGAGAAGACAUGAAAGUUAACCCACGUUUUCCAAAGGUCACUUUAUGUGACUUCAAGAUACGCCAAUUACAGAAUAUCAAAGAUUUCACUGUCCAAUGCGUCUUGCCUAUCAAUCUUUUCAAUGAAAUGAUCUUUAUCAUCAUCUGGUUCUGGUUGUUCCUAAUGGGCGUUAUUUCUGCCUACAGUAUUAUCAAGUGGCUAUACCUUAUAGUGCUUAAAAGAAACAACUACAUGUAUGUGAAAAAAUACCUGAAACUUUCCGGCAGAAUUGGACCAGAAGAUAAACAGCUAUGUCGGCAGUUUGCUGACAAUUAUCUCAGAGAUGACGGCUGUUUUGUUGCCCGGAUGAUUGCCAUCAACACGACAGAUUUAGUCACCGCAGACCUGCUAGACUGUAUGUUUGACAAAUAUAGACAAAAAGUGAAACGAGCGAAAAAGAGCGAAACGAGCCUUAGCGAAACCACCGAUGAUGGCUCCUUCAUGGAGAAAGAAAAUUAUGAGCAUUGAGAAAAAUAAAUUAAACGAAAAAGACAACGAAUGUACUUUAUUUAUUGCGCAUACUAGUACUUCCGGUCAAUAAGUUUCGUUACAUCAUUAAAACAGUAUUCAAUAACUUUGUUGCCAGUUUUCGAACGGUGACGCAAAUUAUCUCAAAAAUUGUGAUGAC